CCUCCCUCCCCCCCCCCCCCCCCCCCAAAGGCUCCAAGCUCUCCAGCUAGACUGUCCUGCUUCGGCGCUACUGUGCACAGCCAUCGACAGCGCACAGCAGAGUCUAUCCUGUGAGCACUGAGAGGCAGCGGCAGCAGCAAUGGAGAGGCCUGCGCAGGCGCCCAGCCAGCUGCCGCCGGGGUUCCGGUUCCACCCCACCGACGAGGAGCUGGUGGUGCAGUACCUCCGCCGGAAGGUUCUGGCUCGGCCGCUGCCGGCAGCCGUCAUCCCCGUCGUCCACGACGUCGCCAGGCUAGAUCCAUGGGACCUCCCUGGAGCGAGCGAAGGGGAGGGGUACUUCUUUAGCCUGCGGCGAGCGCCGGCGACCGGCCGCAGGAGGAGAGCCGGCAGCGGGUACUGGAAGGUCACGGGGAAGGACAAGCCUGUGUUCCUGCAGUGCGGUGGCAGGCGGCAGCUGCUUGUGGGCGUCAAGACGGCGCUCGCCUUCCAUCGCAGCGAGCCGUCGUCGUCGUCGCGGACAGGUUGGGUCAUGCACGAGUACCGGCUCGCCGUGCCCGGCGGCGUGGCCAUGGCGGAGCAGAGGAAGAAUGCGAACCAUGCCCGCGUUGUUGAGCCGGGGGAGUGGGUCGUGUGCCGGGUCUCUCUGAAGAACAGACCAAGAAGAAGCAGGCCAAACCGGGAUGGCGACAGCAAAACUCCUGGAAACCGCACCUCCAUCGCACACCGCGCGGCGCCGCUGCAGCACCGGGAAGGUGACGGACGGCAGCCGCCGGUGUCGCCACAGCCGUCGUCAUCAAGCUGCGUCACCGGUGUUACCGACAUUUCAGACCAAGACGAAGUUAGCAGCAGCAGCAUCAGGAUCAGAGAUGCUCCAGCAGACUCUCAAAGAGAGGCCUAGGCGUGACGAACUCGAAGUUUUUGUUUCCUCCCUCUGUUUCUCCUGCUCCGUUGCCAGUACUUUUCCUGGUACCAUACAGUGAUGAGUUAAGCAUCAGGUAAUCAGGUCCAAGGCAAGUCCAGCUCAGGAACGAUCUUGAGAUAUGAAACAGUUGUGCCAUCUGUAUCGCUUGUAACUUGUAAGAUUCGAUAACCUGAAUUAAUCAGGAGCAGUAGUUGCUACGAUUCAGAUGCUA